ACUACCAAUUGGCUAGUCAUACGGCGCAAAUAGCAAAUGCUUCUCGAUUCGUUUUUGAGGGCACAAAAAAACAUUUGUGUGUGUCUGUAGUUGAUGCGUAAGAAUAUGAAGAUUGCGUGUGGCUUAUAUUGCAUACAUUCACACUCUUUGAGAGUUAGGUUUGUUUUGAGGCCCCAUUGUUUUGCAAUGCUUGCGUGUCGGGGUGUUUGUGUUCCGAAGGAGGCGUGAUGAAACGCCUCAGACGGUUGUUGACAGGUGGUCGGAGUGCACUUGGGUGGCUGCUGUCCCCUCGACCACAUGUCAGGGGUCCACUGUUGUGACUGACAGUACCUGUUUGUUAGCCCCACACCUAUGUAUGCCAACAGUGUCUUCUCUCAUAGACUCCCAACCAUGACCUCGACAGUUUGGCCUACAGCCUUCUCAUAUCACUAAAUAUGGGAGUUCUAGAGAUAGACAUGAUAUAUCUAGCAUCAUAAAUGUAUGCGACUCACUGCGAUGGGGAGUUUUAUCCAUCUUCUCCUCCUCUAGUUGUGCAACUCUUUCGUUGUUUCGCUCUUAGACACCCACUGUAUAAUCACACCCGUUGCUAUUUGUAUAUACACUCCCCAAAUAAAACUUCCUCUGUGAUUUAAUCCCCCCCCGCCCCUGUCUUCCCUGUAAGGCAAGCCUGUGUACCAGCUCCAGGGGAGGUAGACACGAUUCUGAACAACUUCGCUCGAAGCCACGUCCAAAGGAAAGUGACUGAGGAGGUCGUCAUUGAGUCGACUGGAAAAGAACUGGUCUCUAGUGGCACUGGUGCUGCCAAAGAGGAGCGAGCAAAGCCGCCAUCCAUCCCUCUACCCUCCACCAUGCUCACCCCUCUCUCCUCCCUCCCCUCCCCCACCGUCGACAUCUCCUCGCUCAAAAACUCCUCCCACACUCCACCAAGCUCUGCCAUGGCCACACCCACUCCCACAGGCGACAGCUCGUCCUCCUCUUCCUCUCGGUUCCUGAAGCAGCAGAGAGACGGAGUCGGGUCUACAAGUGGAGGAACCAGUGGAGCUACAGCAUCGGUGUCAGCUCUAACAGAUCGGAAGAGUUCAGUGGCCACUCAGUCAUCUAGUCGCUCUUCCCCUCCCGUGACACCUGGAGCUGCCCAAAGACCACACCCCAUGGCCACGCCCCAUCAGCCCCGCAUUCUGGAGAGCAAGAAAAGUGGAAUUCCUCCCAGUGCCAGUGGGAAACUGCCACCAAGUACUUUUGCUGAACCCCGUGUCCCUCCUCUACCUCCUCUUCCAUCCACUAGCUACAUUUCCGGGCUCCAUUCGCUCCCUUCUCCGUCGCUUGUCGCAAGCUCUGCUAUUAGACUGCCGCUGCCCCAACAGCAUCAUCUUCCUCCCACCUCUCCUUCCGUCUCCUCCAUCCCGCAUCCCAGCCCCCUCUCCCCCGUCGGAAUCGUCCUCACCCCCUCGUCAGCCGGGGGAACGAGAUCCCCCGGAGGAGGAGUCCUCGUUCAGUCCCAAAUCAGGGGAACCACGUCUCACUCGACAGUAUUGGCCCACCCGAUAAAAUAUCCGAUUUCUCCCACCCCGCAGGUGAGCCCCGAUCACCAGCAGCAGGGCGUGGCAUCUCUCCGCAGCCUGCGCAAGGAGAGGGAGAGGGAGAGGGAAGGGAACGGGAAGAAACGGGGAGGGGAGGCGGAGGUGGUCCCUGGGGAAGAAGGUACAGGGGGAGAGGUGACAGGAGGAGGGGGAGGCAGUGCCAGGACAGAUAGCAUGGGACCCCCUGUGAAAAGGGUGAGAGUCACACGACGAACUGCGGCCGAAGAAGAAUUGGCAAAGCAGUGAGAAACCCACACAAACCAACACAUGCACAUACUGUACUGUCAAGCUUAGACAAUGCAGUAACCUGACCUCUAUAUAGCUGUAGUCAGUAGCGUUGGUUCUGAAACUUUGCAUCAAUUCACCAUGUGUCGUGUGCAUUGUAUUACGUGGCAUAUUUUCUACCCACAA